AUGGACUCACCGCGACAAACUCCCCAGCAUUCACCGAAUCCGUCGAUCAACGACUUUCAGCAGUUCUCCUUCUCUGCCAGCAACUCAUACUACGAGGGCUCUCCCCACCAUGACCGCCGUUAUUCCAAGGCCUCAGCCUCUUCAUUCAACGAAUCCAUCGCCGGCAGCACAUCUGGUCUGCCACUAGACGGCCCAGACGGUGGUGCAGGAGGGAAAGGCUUGGGGAACCUUGCCGAUGAACUGGCUGCCUUUGAUGACGAUGGCUACGAUGACGGGUAUGGCGAUGGAGAGGGCUACGACGAAGAGGGCGCCUCUGGGUAUGAGGACGAGCGGGAAGGCGCUGGCGUUGGCAUUGGCAUCUCCCUCGAUCAAGCAGACGACGCGAAGCGUGAGGGGGUCAGAGAUAGUGGGGUUGAUGUCGAGAGCCCGAGGAGACGACAGGGCGGGGUAGGAGGAUCAGGAGGUGGAGGGCUAGGCGUGCCUAGCGGGACCAACGGGCGUCGCCAUAGGCGCGCGGGUAGUGAGUACGACGGGAGCGAGUACGGCACCGAUUCGGACCUAGAGUCUCCUGGCAUUCCGCCACGGCUGGCCGAGAAGAUGGCCGAGGUGGAGGCAUUGGCUCGCCGCGGUACUGAGAACAACGGUUCGUCGGCGGAUGGCACAUUUAAGCGUGUCACGGAUGGCUUGCGUGAUCUGGGCUCGCAGGCUGGUAUCGAGGGUGCUGCCUCAAGACUGAUAACCGCUCACUCGGCCCUAACCACGCACCUAACCCACCAAACCCGUCUCCUCCAUAACCUCACCUACCCCCUCAUCUCUUCCCACAACCAAUCCCACAUCGACCCCGACUCCAUCGACUCCCUCCUCCCGCUCCUCCUCUCUCUGCAAUCGACCCUCCCUCGCCCCGCAACCCCGGCCCUCCACGCCCUCAGCUCCCUGCAGAAUCUCACCCAAGACCUGAUCCACACCCUCAACUACCUCUCCGACACGCUUCACAUGUCGCGGCAGACAACGACUGCCGCGGCGAGGAAGCUCAAGAGUGCUAGGGAUGUUGUUGCUGAGAUGAGGAGGGACGAGGAGUUGAGGGAGGAAGGGGUUAGGUGGCUUGAGAGAGGAAAUUGGGGAGAGAGAUUGGCGAGGAGGGAGUGUGCGCAUGUCUGUGGGGAGGUGGUUGGGGGCUUUGAGAAGGUGUGUGAGGGUUGGCGGGAGAGGUUGGUGAAGGCUUUGAAGGAGGAGUCCUCGCAGGCGUGA